AUGUCCAGCCACGACGUCGUUAGUUUGGGGGCAACCAAGGAACAUCCCUUCGCCGCCCCCAACUCUUCUCCACCUCGUCUGACACCGACGAUCUCACGAAGCAUCGAACAACGCACCACUACCCCAUACAGCCCGGCUGCUAUAGAGCAUGUAGCUAGUCCCGACAGAAUGCUCGUCGCCGUUCUCCCCGCAUCACCCAAAUCCGCCCAGGAGACCAUCCGGGCUCUCCUGGAAGCAGACCAGUUGACUGCCCCAGUCCACGUGCGCGCCAUCUACCGUGACGUCGCCAAAGCCCCCGCUGAGUUCGUUUCGCAUGGUAGCUUCCACGCGGUCGCAGGUGAUCUCAGUAAUGCAGCCAGCCUGGACCUUGGGAACGCUGACACCGUCUUUGCCAUCACACCGCCGCGUUAUGAUGGCUCCGAUAUGAUGCAGUGGGCCCGCCAGGCCUCGGAAAAUACCCGCAUAGCGAUCCAGAAGGCUGGGACGGUCAAACGCCUGGUGCUCCUCUCCAGCAUGGGCGCCGAACAGCCAGAGGGAACAGGAGAAAUCAUGACGAACCACAUUGCGGAAGAGAUUCUUAAGGAUGUGGUACCCGAGGUCGUCUUCAUGCGAUGCGCCUACUUUAUGGAGAACUGGGCUCCGGCCAUGGAGACUGUCCAGGCCAAACAACCACACCUGUUCUCGGUCAUCACUCCCCUGGACUAUGAGAUUCCAAUGUGGCUGAACCAUUCACGCUGCAAGGUCUCCGUCGCCGAUAUCGGAAAGGCAUGCGCCACCUAUAUAAUGGCCAUGGAUAACCCCAAAAACCCGUAUGUCGUGGAGGUUCACGGUCCACGCGAGUACACGGCGAAGGACGUGCAGGAAGCAUUUCAGGACGUGGCCGGCCAUGCAGUCGAACUCCGACCUAUCGAAAAAGCAGAUUUGCCCGCAUUUUUCGGUCGAUUUCUACCUGAAGCGUCGGUCGGUCCUUUUGUAGAGAUGACCCGGAGUUUCUUGCCGGGAGGAGUUAUUGCUAAAGAGUCUGGUAAUUCUCCAUCCCCGGACCGCAUGUAUCGCGGGCGGACGGAGCUGGUGGAUGCUAUUCGGCGAUUGUUCAGAAAGGGGUAG